AUGCUCUUCCAAAAUAAAGAACGUGGUCAGCCUGAGAACCAGCCUUGCCAGAAUAUAGUAUCUCACACCUAUUCAAACGAUGCAACAAACACACCAAGCUACAAGUUUUCUACAACUUCAGAAGAUGAAGAUCCAUUUGAGGAUAAUUCAGAUUUGGAUCCAAAUUUUGAAUUAAGAGAUGAUGACAAGACAAUAACUGAAGGUGACAUGAAAAUGAUUUGGUAGAUAUAACAACUAAAAAACGUAAACGAUUUAUGAAGAAAAAAGAAAGGAAGCGACAAAGAAAACCCGAAGAAUGGGCGGAUAAUAAAGCAAAAUCUAUGUUAGAUCAAGGAAAAGAACAUAAAAAUAUAGCAGGGAAAAAAAUUAAUGCAAGAAAAUUAAAAGAGCCAUGUAAGUGUAGAUUUAAGUGUGCAGAUAAGAUGACUGAAGAAAAUAGACAAAAUAUUUUUGAGGACUUUUGGGGUAUUGCAGAUCACACGAUUUUAUUCUACGAUUUGUUGAAGAAAAAC